GCGCCGCUCGCCGAUAAGCCACCCGCUUCCAAAAGACGAAGCCGCGCCCCUCGGCCGGGCUCUCGUCGGAGCCCGACGUCCACUCCGACGCCUGCGAGGGGGAUCGAGCGUCAGAUCCUCGCGAGGUGGGCCCGCGUCCCUCUCGUCAGAAGCGAGCGUCGCUUCUCCGGCCCUUAUUGACCGGAGCCGGCUUUUGCCACUUGAGUCUCAAGAGAGGAAUCGGGACGUUUCGUUCGGAGCUAACGUCGGUGUUCGUCGUGCUAAAUGACACUCCCGCGCCCCUAAAACGCACCUUAAAGAUGGACGGCGUGAACUCGUCGUCUAUGGAGCGGCGAAUGUGAACGGCGUCCAGGGGAGCGGCUCCGCUCAGCGUCCGGAGCUCCAACAGGAAGCGCGAGCCGGCCGACCUGGCCGCCAGACCGUCCAGCCGCAGCGCCAGCUGUGAGGAAUUGGCCGUAUGGAGGAGGCGGGGCCAGAGCGCGGCGCGCCCCUCCGACUCGAACGCCGACAGCUGCCGACGGACAGAAAGAGGAGAGCGGUGACGCGUCGGCCGCGCGAAACGGUCCGGCGGCCGCCGACGUACGUCCAGACAAACGGAACCGCCGGCCAAGGCGCCGCACAGUCGAGCCGCGGCCCCCGACGGCGUCAUCGGGGACCACGCGACCUCGUCCAGCCGGUAGGGCGGGAAGGCGUCGAAGGCCGCUUCCCCGGUUUGGUUGAGGUCUCGGUAUUCCAACAGCUGACGGGAUGACAACGUUCAUAAAAAUCCAGCCGGCCAUCAUAGAGAAUAUUCUAUAUAACGAAAAGGUAUCUGACCCUGGUGAAGACCAACGCCACGCUGCCCGUCACGCCGCUCUCCGGCUCCACCCGCAAGCCGCCGCUGCUGUUGGCGCUCAAGAAGAGCGUCCAGUUCACCUGACGAGUAGGGGAGAUGUCGGGGUUGGAAUAUUCGAGGAAGGCGGGAAGGCGGACGGUACCGGUCGCCGCCUCAAAGCGUUCCGAGCGAAAGUAAACAACUAAGACGGUUGAUCGGGGACAAGUUUUUUUUUUAUCUUAUUUUGGCCAUUAAAAGACAUUUUGACCUCCGGCAAAUCGGCCUUCUCGUAAGCAGCGGUACGAUGGAGGAAAAAUGACAGCUGAGAUAAAUAGCACGCAACACUGCCUGCCUUAAUGACAUCCUUGGUGAAAGUAAAAAAAAAUUGCUUUAAUUCACUGUAUGAAAAAAAAAAAAAACAUCUCAAAGUUUGUGUCAUCAAUACAUUGUCGAGCGCCAUUUUGUCGUGUGAUGUCAGAUUGAAGGGGCUUCGACUUCGCGGCCAGUUCGAGUGGCGUUCCGAUGAUAUUUUGCCUUGGCGGUGGUAGGAAAACUCCCGACUUUACAAAAAAAAAAAAAAGGAAAACUCCCGACUUGCCACCUUCCUCGAACGCAGCAUCGGAACGGCUUGUAUGACGUCACUCACCUUGACGUAAGAGGACGUGAGGUUGGUGUGGACCAAGAGGAGCGUGGGCGCCCCCCGGCUGCAGAAGAGGAAGUGCAGCGUGUCGUUGUCGCCCAGCGCCCUGAUGUGCAACAGGUCACCCCCCGGCGGGCGGCUCGACGAGCCCGGGUUCAACUCCACGGACAACUGGCGUAGUCGGCACAAGAAGCCACAUUCAUCACGUUCGACCACGUCCGUCGAUCAAACGAGCGCGUGACCGACCGACCGACCGGCGGAGCGACGGCGACGACGCGGUCUUACUUUUCUGCUGAAGGCGGCACAUAAAGCCGGCAGGAUGACGGACAGAAGCGUAGCGGCGCCCGCGAUCCUAGCGGCCGCCAUUUUUGUUGUGACUCGUCACGUGAGACGGACGUCAGCUGACCGCGCGCAAAAGCAAAGCGCUCCGCUCCCUCUCAGAGAAGGACGGUACCUUUCGCCACUAAAAUGACAUCGAGCUGAGAAUACGAACAUUAAAUGAACUGUGUAAAAUGGAUAAAUAGUGACCCCCCCCCCACCCCCCCUUUUUGUGUGCUUGCCUCAGGUUUUGUGAAAGGGCAAAUAUCGUUUGUGGACGGCGAAUUGCUUGGCCUGACAUUUUAUAAUGAAUUGAUUCCUCCGGGCUGUUGUUCCCUUAUGUGUUAAUCUGAUUGCCUAAUUUGUCGUAUGCUUCAAUCUCAAGCAUUUGAUUUUUUGGAAUAACUUUAUUCACACAAAUACAAACACAAAUAUGGGGCGAACAAGUCUCAUACAAUCAACAAAUUUACAACAACAAUCAACAAAUUUACAACAAGAAAAAUUAAUAUAAAAAGGGUCGGGGAUAUUUUCUACACAAGCUGUAUUUGCAAAGUCUUUUGGCCAUUGUAGCCUUGGGAUGAGAUUUUUUUUUAUUUAUUGCGGAAGAAGCCGAAUGUUGACGUCAUCAACAGGCGACGGUUUUGUUGCUACGCAGUUGCCUAUUUGGCAUUUUGACCAGAUUUAGCCGUCCGGUCUGCGAGGUCCGUAUUGUAACUUUUGGGAGACGCUGGGCGCUUGGCCGACGACUUUUUGGCGGCUACGCGGUGCGCGCGGGUGCGUUUUCCGGACCCCUAGCUCGGCCUUGCUAGGACGACGACGGAUGGCGUACCCGAGAAGUUCGCUGGAAAACUCGCCGCUGGCGUCCGGCAACGUCCCGGCCUUCCUCACCAAGCUGUGGACUUUGGUGGAAGACCCCUCCACGGACGCGCUCAUCUGCUGGAGCCCGAGCGGGAGCAGUUUCCACGUCUAUGAUCAGGGUCGUUUCUCCAAAGAGGUCCUUCCCAAGUUUUUCAAGCACAACAACAUGGCUAGCUUCAUCCGACAGCUCAACAUGUACGGCUUCCGGAAGGUGGUCCACAUGGAGCAGGGCGGUUUGCUGAAACCCGAGAAAGACGACACCGAGUUCCAACACCUCUACUUUGUCAGAGGCCAGGAGCGCUUGCUGGAGAACAUCAAACGCAAAGUCACCAACGUGUCCGCGGCGCGUCAAGACGAGAGCCAGAUCUCCUCGCGCGGGGUCGGCAAGCUUCUCGAUGACGUGCAGGCCAUGAAGGGAAAGCAGGAGACCAUGGACUCCAAAAUCAACGCCAUGAAACAUGAGAACGAGGCCUUGUGGAGGGAGGUGGUGUGUCUGAGACAGAAACACGCUCAUCAACAGAAAAUGGUCAACAAGCUGAUCCACUUCCUGGUGUCGCUGGUCCAGUCCAACGGGAUCGUGGGAGUCAAGAGAAAACUCAGCCCGCUGAUGCUGAACGACGCCGGCUCCGCCCACUCCCUGCCCAAGUACGCUAGGCCCUUCUCCGUUCAGGCGGCGCCCUCUCUCUUCCCGACGGAAUCCUCCGGACCGGUCAUCUCCGACGUGACGGAGCUGACCUCUGCCGAGGAGGCGCUCGGCGAAUGGACGGAAGCGGGGAAGGCGAGCGACGGCGAGGAGGAACGAGCGCCGGCCCCCGAGGCGCUUCCGUCCGGAGACACGCCCCUUUCGCCCGCCACCUUCAUCGACUCCAUCCUGCGGGAUAACGACGCCGGCGCGAUAACAGGCGAGUGGGUCUCGCGGUCCGACCGGUCCGAAAAAUACCAAGCGAAAACCUGUCCUCCUCCUCCCCUUCCAGCCGCCGGUCCUCGCCCCGCCGCCGAUACGGCGCCGACCUGUCAGACGCUGGCGUGUAUCGAUAAGUCCGAGCUGUCCGAUCACAUCGAAACCAUUGACAACAGUCUGGAAAACCUGCAAAACAUUCUCAGCAACCAAAGCUUCACCUUUGACACGUCGCCGCUCAUGGAGCUCUUCAACCCCACCUGUCCUCCGGGUGACUUUGACGCCAGCGCUCUGGACACGCUUCUGGGCGACCACUUCCCCAAAGGAGCCGAGGAAAGCCACGACGCCGGCAAGCAGCUGGUGCAGUACGCGCGGGCCCAGCAUUCGGACGGGGGCGGGGGCGGGGCAGACUUGCCGUCGCUUCUGGAAACGGAGCCUUUCCUCCUUCCUGACAUCGGCGACGACUUGAACUCCGACCUAUGAUGGCGCGCCUCCGAACCGUGACGACGGUCGAGUCGCAGAUCGCCGUUAAAACUAUGCAGACCGGCCGCCGCCCCUUUCCUUUUUUUUUUUUCUUUUUCAUUCAGUUUUUCAAUAAUGAGAAGGAAGAGAGUAUUUUUGGAAACAUUGAUCUUGUAUUUAUUGUGUUAGCCACCAGGGCAGGUGACCCGCCCGCAAUCGCAUGUCAACGAGCGCUGCCACAUUAAACGUGUUUUGUGCGCAUUCCUUGUGUGGUGUCACCUGAGCUGCCAUAAAAAGUUAUAAAAAGCUUUCGGGUCGACACUGGGGGUUCGCCGUUUACCGCUAGGGUUAGUAUUCCUGGAUUAUACGUGGACCCGAAAGAGACUCCAACGCGGUCGUGAAGAUAUUUUAAUUAAGUUGAGCAGACGUGGAUUAUACAAAUGAGAAAACUGCAUCCGUCUUCAGUAUUUCCGCGCCAAAAGGCCGGCCGGGGCGGUGCCGGGGCCUAGGG